AUGUCACUGAAUCGGUCUAUGCAUCCACGUAAUCCCUACAAGGAGAGCCCUCCGGACUUCAACGAUCUCGCUACCCGUUUCCCCGAUUUUCGAGCUCAUUGUACCCUUGGAAACAAUGGUAGGGUUUUCGUGAAUUUUCAAGAAGAUGGGGCAGUGCGCUCUCUAACCAAAGCUUUGCUAAAGAAAGAUUUCGAUCUUGAGGUCGAGCUUCCACAUGGUUGUUUAGUUCCACGCGUUCCUCAGCGCUUGAAUUAUAUUCUGUUCAUUGAAGACUUGUUAAAACUAAACCAAAUUGAGAAUAAUGUUAUUGGUAUUGAUAUCGGCACAGGUGCUUCGUGCAUAUACGCCCUGCUUGGUGCCCGCUGGGCGGGUUGGAAAUUCUUCGCCACGGAGACGAACACCAAGGCUGCGGAGGCGGCUAAUGCAAACGUCGUUCGAAAUCGGCUUGGCCAUCUCAUACGUGUCAUUCAUAUCAGCGAACAAUCCACGACAUUAAUCAAGUUCACCUUUUGUAUGUGUAAUCCCCCUUUUUUCGAGUCAUGUGAAACAAGUAAGGUACGGUUUAUUGGCGGAGAGGUGGCGUUCAUUGGAAGGCUCAUUGAUGAAAGUGUGCUGCUACAGACGCAAGUCAGCAUUUAUACGACUAUGCUUGGUAAGAAGAGUAGUAUUUCUGUGUUGUGCCGUCGAUUGUCUCGAAUAGAUGGAGUAAGGUACACCGUGUCAACAUUGUCGCAAGGCAGGACUCUACGCUGGGUGUUAGCGUGGACUUUUUUGCCUCAAAUUCAUUUGGAAAAUGUAAGGAUUCCCUUUGUAAUAUUUUUCAGAAAAGUUUCUCUGCUCUUUUUCUUCCUUUCCCAGACACUAAUUUGUUCUGCUCGAAAUGUAACGUGGACAAAUCAACGUGCUAAACGACGAGCUGAUGCCAAGCUGAACACACCAGCUAUGAAAAGGAUGAAGUUUUCAAAUUCUGAUGUUGGUAUUCAAGUUUCAAUGGGAGUCGGUGAUGGACGAGACUCAUUAUCCAAUUCGGGGAACUUUGAAUCCUGCAUUAGUAUACCCAAUUCCUACGGUCGUUUUGAUGUACAUACACAGGCCUAUUUCCCAUGCCCAGUACGUCCAUCGGUGUUACGUUUUCGUGUAAUACAUUUCCGAGAAAAUUGUGGAAUUUCCUUCGAGUAUAUUGACGGCUACAAACCAGGGUUAUAUCAACUGUUGCAAUUUCUUAAAAAUCAGAUAAAAUGA